UAAAUGUUUUUAUGGGUGCGGCAUCGCAAUUUAAAUGGACUCUUACAGGUGGGCCUUUAAUUUUAAAGAAUGGCAUUUAAACCCCAACGAUCUAUGUUUUGCAUCCAAAUGUCUAUCUUCUGAGGAGAAAACCAGAAUUCUUAAAUUCCAAUAUAUACGGGAUGUGAAAGCAGCUUUGUCUGGACGUUUACUGCUUCAUCUUAUGUUAUGUAGACUCAAACAGUUCAUAAAAACCAAAACGGAUGACAUAAAUAUUGAAUUUACACGCUCAAACCAUGGGAAGCCUAUUCUUGAUAUUAAACUUGAUAAGCCUGGAACCGGUGAUAUUAACAAUUUAUAUAUGACUGCAUUGCAUAAUUAUUCAUUCAACAUAUCUCAUCAAGGAAGUUAUAGUGUUCUAGCAAGUUCCCCCAUUUAUAAUGUUGGCAUUGAUAUUAUGUCAAUCGAUAAUUUUGUUGUUAAUGAUCCUCUUAAUGAAAAAAAAGAUAAUUCAAAUAUUGUAAUUAAAAAAGAUAUCAAAAAUUUUUUUAACACGAUGAGAAAUGUAUUUACUGAUAAUGAAUGGAAAUAUAUAAAAAGUGCAGCUAAAGAUUCAACAAAGAUAGAAAGGUUUUUAUGCAAUUGGUGCCUCAAGGAAAGUUUUGUAAAGGCUAAAGGAAAUGGUAUAUCAUCAAAAUUAUUAAGAUCUAUUGAAUUUUCAAACAUAAAUUAUGAUUUAAUCUCAGGAGACAAUUAUUUAAAAUCAGGGCCCAAAUUAGCUCUAAAUAAUGUUGUAGAUAAUGAUUGGAGAUUUCAAUGUCAAAAAUUAGAUUUACAUAUUAUUGCUAUAGCAUUUUCAAAACAUGUGGAUAAUGAUUGCAAAAAUGAUAUUUUUGAUUUAAUAGAAAAGGAACCAAUGGAUUUUACUUAUUUAACAUUUGAAGAUAUUAAACAAUUGACUGAACAGCUGAUAUAUAAUCACGAUAUUGAUGUAAAUUUUGCAGAUUCCAUUAUGCAAAAAUUAUGAUUCUGAAUAUAAUUUAUUUUUUUGAGUAUAUAUUACAUUUUUCAGAUAGGAAAUAAUAAAAACAAGACAUCUCUAAAGGAAAUUAUGAUUUAUAUGAAAAUUACAAACAUAAGGUGCAAUUAAUUUUAUAAUUUUUAUCUAGAAUUGGAAGUUGAAUCUAUUUUCUUCUGAUGGUGAUUCUUGAUUAAAGUUAUUGCCAAAUAUUCCACAUACUGAAUUAUUUCCAGAUUCUGUAAUCAUAAAAUUAAAAUCACUUUUGAUUAUAUCAUCUUUGUCCUUUGAUUUAAUUUCUCCUGCCAUAAUAUUAUCAAUAUCAAAAUUUCUAACAUUCUUUUUGUCCUCAGUAUUUUUAUUGAACAAAUUUGAAAACACAUCAUUCCCUUCAUUUUUAUCCAAGGAAGAUUCAUUUAUUUCCAUUUUCCCCGCAAUGUUAAAAUGCACAUCUGAAAUAUUGUUAGGAUGGUAAUUAAGAUUGAUCCUCUCAUUUUGUAACGUUUUUAUAAUGUUGAUGGUAUUAUCAUUGAUUUGAUCAUUUUCAUGAUUAUCAUUUGCUAAUUUUUCAUUAACUAAUAAAAAAAUAUAUUAAAUUAACAUUGAAUUUAUAUUUUUUUAUUUACCCUACACCCUUCCUUAUUUAUGUGAAAUUUUAUAUUUAUAUUUUUACUCCUGAGUUUUAAGUUUUAAAAUAAUAAUUAAUAUAUGACAAAAAUGUAUUUUUUAGUUUUGGAAUCAUUGUUAAAUCACAAAUUUUUCAUUUAGAUAAAAAUUGACAUUAACAAAAAAUGCCUCAUUUUGACUUACAAAAAUCUUGUCUUGUUUUUAGUUUAAACGUUUUUUCGCUUUCUACCUCUACACCUGGAUUAUAGAUUACCUGGUCAGUUGCAUCAUCAUUCUCAAACAUAAAACGUGAUUUAAAACAGCUGUUAUAUGAGGAUUGAGAAUCAAAAAAUUUCUUUUUGUUCUCAGCAUGUUUUUCACUUUAUGAAAUAAAUAGCUCUAAUUUAAGAUUAAAAAUAUUUACCUAUCAAACACACUAAUUUUGGAUUUUUGAGACAAUGUUGAUUCUUGACACCAUUAUAGAGGGAAAAAAAAUAAUUAUUAAAUAUUUGAGAAAAUAUAAGGAUAAGUUCUCACUUUCAGCUUCAAAAUUUAUGUUUAAUAGAUUUUUUUCUCCCAAAAAUUUGUUUUCAUCUACACUAGAGAUUAGAUUCAAAUUGUUCUUCAUAAAUUCAGGCCUUGCCAUUUUGUUAUCAUACAAUCCAUAUCUAUCAUCACACCCUGUCAAUGUAUGAGUUGAUAUCAACACUCUGUUUUCUUCUGUAUAUAGUUCUUGCCCUGGAUUUAAAUCAUUGUUUAUUGGUGUCAUUUCACGGGCACUAUUAUCCUCGGAGUUAUUUGUUAUUACAUCUUUAUACGGGAAAUUCUUCGGAGUUUUGUCCAGAUUAUUAUUAAAUCCUAUUAAAAAUUUCGAUUCUAAAGUCAAUUUAUUUGUCAUUACAUCUUUAUGGGUAUCAACACGUUCAUUAUCACCUAUAUUUCUUUCACCUUCGCUUACCACUUGAAAAUUGCGUUCGUUGAUUUGAGUAAUAUUAUCGUAAAUGCUACAAUUUGAUUCUCCUUUAUGUGAUUCUGAUUGGCUCUGACUUGGCUGAGGUGCCACUAUGGCAGUGGCAAUGCCUUUUUUCACUCCUUUCAAAUUAAUCGCUGUUAAGUCUUUGCUACCAGAAUUUAAAGAGCACACGGAUACGUUACUCGAUGAAAGCGAAUUUUCUUUAUCACCAAGUGAAACGGCUCCAUUAUGUAACAAGUAUCUAUCAUGUCCAUGCCUAUCAGCUGUAUUAUCAUUCGUUUUGUAGGUAUUAAAGGGAUCGUUUAAACAAAUAUUAUGGUCAAAUGACAUGAUUUUCUCGAAAUCCGCGUUAAAAUUCGACAAAUAUUUGUUGACCUUUUGGCAAUCAUUUUUCGAUUGGGAAUUUUUUUUUUCACUCAUACCGUGAUUAAUAUCAUUAUUAUACAAAUUCUACAAAAUAUUAGAAUAUGAAUGUUAUAUUGUAAUAAUAAAUUAGUUAAUAAAAUGAGACCUCAUUAUCUGUAAAAAUGGCUUCUUUAAUUAAUCCAAUAUCAUCUAUACAUUUGUUCGCCUUUUCCCCAUAAUCAUUUUUACCAGCGUCGACUGUUUUAUUAUUUGUCUUUAUAAUCUUCAUUAAUUUGAAAAUUUUAAUUGGGUUAAAAAAAUUUAAAAAAAUAAAUCAUAUGUUGUUUGCUAGGUAAAAAAUAAAUAAAUAUUCAAUUAAUUUUUUAAUUUUAUCAAAAUUCAAUUUAAAAAAAAUAUUUUUCAACAAUUUGGAAUCAUUUGAAUCAAAAUUAUUAAAAAUAGAAAUAUUUAUUAUAAUAUAAAUUAGAAAGAAAUAUGAUUUUUUUAAUAAUUAAAGGGUAACGCCAAACGCUUUAAAUAAAAUAGGCCACCUUAUUAUCAGCUAUUGUGCUAUGUGCGGGGUCGUUUCUCAAUCCAUUCUUUGCUACAUAAUAUUCGGCGAAUUUUAUUAUAAUUUCAUAUUUUCUAAAUUUUUUAGCUAAACAAAUAUGAAUUUACAGAUAAACAAAACGAAUUAUAAAACUUUUUCCAAUAUUUGGGGUAUAAUGCUCUAAUAUUGUAGAAU